AUGGUGUCCGACUUCAGAAAGAAGAAGCUUCUGCACGUCUUCAACUCAUUCUUCGACAGAAAUGGCAGCGGAUCCAUAGAUAAGAAAGAUUUUGAUCUUGCUAUUCAAAACAUAUCGAAACUCCGCGGGUGGGCUCCUGGUGAUGCCAAGUACAAGGAAGUUCAGACAACUCUAUUGAAGAUCUGGGAUGGACUUCAAGGUCGUGCUGAUGCUGACAAGGACGGCCAAGUGUCUGUCGAUGAGUGGGUGGCCAUGUGGGAGGAUUUCGCUAAGAAUCCCUCCGCUCCAUUGGAGUGGCAGAGCCUGUACUGCAAGUUUAUCUUCCAACUGGAAGACGCCAGCGGCGACGGAGCCAUCGAUGGUGAAGAGUUCUCUUCUGUCUACUCAUCUUUUGGUCUGAACAAGGAUGACGCCAUGAGUGCCUUCAGGAGCAUGUCAAAAGGUAAAAGCAGCGUGUCCUGGGCAGAGUUCCAAGAAUUAUGGAAAGAAUACUUCGUGACCGAAGACCCUCAGGCUGCUGGAAACUUUAUCUUCGGCAAGUCGAGCUUCUAA